CCGGCGCGCGCUGUUUCCGGAAGUCGCCGCCGCGGUCGGGGCUGCCGCCGCGGGCGCCGCGCGACUCGCCGAGCGGAACGGCUGAGGCGGGCCCGGGCCGGGCCACGCGGCGGGAUGGAGAUCAUUCGGAGCAAUUUUAAGAGUAACCUUCCCAAAGUGUACCAGGCCAUAGAGGAGGCGGACUUCUUCGCCAUCGAUGGGGAGUUUUCAGGAAUCAGUGACGGACCUUCAGUCACUGCAUUAACAAAUGGUUUUGACACUCCAGAAGAAAGGUAUCAGAAGCUCAAAAAGCAUUCCAUGGACUUCUUGCUGUUUCAGUUUGGCCUUUGCACUUUUAAAUAUGACCACGCAGAUUCAAAGUAUGUAACAAAAUCAUUCAACUUCUACGUUUUCCCGAAGCCCUUCAACAGAUCCUCACCAGAUGUCAAAUUUGUUUGCCAGAGCUCAAGCAUUGACUUUCUGGCGAGCCAAGGCUUUGAUUUUAACAAAGUUUUUCGCAAUGGAAUUCCGUAUUUAAAUCAGGAGGAAGAAAGGCAGUUACGAGAGCAGUACGAUGAGAAGCGCUUACAGUCCAAUGGUGCAGGAGCUCUCUCCUACGUUUCUCCUAACGCUUCCAAAUGUCCCGUAACGAUUCCUGAGGAUCAGAAGAAGUUCAUUAACCAAGUGGUGGAGAAAAUUGAAAAUUUGUUGCAGAAUGAAGAAAACAAGAACUUAGAUUUAGAGCCGUGUACUGGGUUCCAGAGAAAGCUGAUCUACCAGACUUUGAGCUGGAAGUACCCCAAGGGCAUUCAUGUUGAGACUCUAGAAACAGAAAAGAAAGAACGGUACAUCGUUAUCAGCAAAGUCGACGAAGAAGAGCGGAAAAGGAGGGAGCAGCAGAAACAGGCCAAAGAGCAGGAGGAGCUGAAUGAUGCUGUGGGGUUUUCUAGAGUCGUCCAUGCCAUAGCUAACUCGGGAAAGCUGGUCAUCGGACACAACAUGCUCCUGGACGUCAUGCACACGGUCCAUCAGUUCUACUGCCCGCUGCCCACGGACUUAAACGAGUUUAAGGAGAUGACGACGUGUGUUUUCCCCAGACUCUUGGAUACGAAGUUGAUGGCCAGCACACAGCCGUUUAAGGACAUCAUCAACAAUACUUCCCUCGCGGAAUUAGAGAAGCGGUUAAAAGAGACGCCUUUCAGCCCUCCUAAAGUUGAAAGCGCAGAAGGUUUUCCGAGCUACGACACGGCAUCAGAGCAGCUGCACGAGGCCGGCUACGACGCUUACAUCACGGGGCUGUGCUUCAUCACCAUGGCCGACUACCUUGGUUCCUUCCUUAGUCCUCCAAAAAUUCAUGUGUCUGCCAAAUCAAAGCUCAUUGAACCUUUUUUUAACAAGUUAUUUCUUAUGAGAGUCAUGGAUAUCCCCUACCUAAACUUGGAAGGACCGGACUUGCAGCCCAAACGCGAUCAUGUUCUGCACGUGACCUUCCCCAAAGAGUGGAAAACCAGUGAUCUGUACCAGCUCUUCAGUGCCUUUGGUAACAUUCAGAUCUCCUGGAUUGAUGACACGUCAGCGUUUGUUUCUCUCAGCCAGCCUGACCAAGUACAAAUCGCCGUGAACACCAGCAGAUACGCCGAGAGCUACCGGAUCCAGACUUACGCCGACUACGUGGGCAAGAAGCAGGAGGAGAAGCAGGGCAAGAGGAAGUGGGCCGAGGACGGCUGGAAGGAGGUGGAGCGCAAGCGCCUGCACACGCAGUGCAUGUCCUUUGCCCUGCAGAACCACGUGUACCGUGCCGGCAGCCUCAGCGCGCCCGGCUCGGGGGGAAAGAGGACCAUGAGUCCCAGCCCGACCGAGGAGGACCCGGAGGCCAGGGUCUCGGAGCUCUCGGACGCCGACCCGGAGCCGACAGAGGCCAGCGCAGAGGCGCUCUCGGAGGGCAGGAAGAAGGCCAAGAAGCUGAAGAGGAUGAAGAAGGACCUGUCUCCGCCAGGAAGCUUCUCGGACGGCUCCGCCACCCUCUUUGAAGUCCCUGACACGUGGUAACCGAGACCCGCGGGAACCCAGUGGCUGGCGCUGCCGCUGUGCCACCCCGGAGGAGGAGGCCGGCCGGCACGCGGGGGAGGCGUCUCCCGGGAACAUCGCCCCUUUGGACUGGCGUGGCUGUGUCUCUCCUCCUUCUUGAUGUUAAACUGUCUGCUUGUCCCCGGCCUGGACAUGAGCCGGGAGCCGGUGGCCCGUGUCUCCCUCCCGAGACGCCGUUCCCGUCACUGACCCCCGUGUGCACGCAGCCGCCCGAUGGAAACACACAGAGCCGAGUGUGGGCCAGAGAGAGGGAGGCAGUCCAGGUGGCGAGCCCAGAUGACAUCCCCGGUGACGCCUGGUCCCCCCGAGCCCCGCCAGGAGUGACCCCUGAGCACAGGGCUGCCUCCACGCACUGCCAGUGUUGCCCCCCCUCCCCUCGUUUCCUUCCCCCCGCCCCCAAGCAAAAGGCUCCUCUUCAAAAGGAAACGACAGAACGCUGACCUCCCUGGGUGCCGCCAGCCCAGUGCUGUGCUGGACUGUGCAGGGUGGGGGCGCCCCCACCUUCUGGGGCCCACGGCCCCCGCUGUGUCUGCCCAUCUCAGCAUCGAACUGGUUUGCCGCUAGGAAACUGCCUGCCCAGAUUCCCCCCCUAGAGGGACUGAACCUUGGCCUCCGCCCAGCUGGGGCCUGGAGAGCCGCUUCCCUUGGGAGGGUUGGGGGCGUUCCCAUACCAGCAUGUGGGGCUAUACACGCCGCGUUCUGUACCCCACCCCCCCUUCCGGACCCCCAGCACUGUCUGACCCUCCAUCAUGCCAUUGGCCGGGCCCUGUGUCUCCCAAGCGGUUGGGGACAGAUGAGCAUCCUGGCCCUGUCCCAGUCGAAAAUCAUUCGUGUCCCUGUUACCCCGACACACAAACACACGCACACAUACACACACAGCAGAGUUCCAGCUUCACAGAGAUCAUUGUUAGCUAUUUAACAUUUUUGUAUCAUGAAAUUAAAAAUCUAAAAAUGAAAGCUGUAUUUCCCAAAGAGGAAAAUUAAAGACAUUUUCAUAGGA